CCCGGAUAAGGCAGGCCACUCUUGAAAACUCCCUCCACCAGAGAGCCAGUAACCAGCAGUGGCUGUUAAACCUGUCAUGUCUCAUAUUUGCUUCCUGAAACAGCUGACCAAUGAGGAGAUCUUAAAGACAGGAACCAUGUGUUAUAAAUCUGACAAUCCAUGCGAGUGUUUGACUAGUGGCAGUCUGUGUGAGCCGUGCAAGAUGACAACCAAAGGCAGCGGGAUGGACGGGACACACCUCUCCAGCAAUCGCAAUGCUGCAGGGCAACCAAACACUCCCGAGCUGAACAUUUCCUCCACUGAGGUUGUGAAGGACCAAGGCCGAAACUGGGGAUGGAUGCUGUCUGCGAUCAUCUGUCUGAACAAUCUGAUUCUGGGCUGUGCUCUGGUCAGUACCAGUGCUUCCAACAAUGUUAAGAUCAGCUCCAUUAACCUGCAGGCAUUCCUCAUUGUCCUCCUCCUCCUCACCUCAAUAUGGAUGAUCUAUUACACUAAAUUCACAGCCAAGAUAGAAAAUGCUGUUGUCUACAAGGAUCAGCAUGCUGGACCCAUAUGGCUCAGAGGAGGACUUCUCCUAUUUGGACUUCUCAGUAUCAUCAUGGACGUUUUCAAGAUCGCCAGUUAUGUUGGUUACCUCCACUGUGAUUCUGGUGUUAAGGUUGCAUUCCCCGUGGUGCAGCUCAUCUUUGUUUUGGUGCAGACAUACUUUUUGUGGAUCCAUUCAAAGGACUGUGUGCAGCUCCAAAAGAACAUCUCACGCUGCGGGCUGAUGCUCACCCUCUCCACAAAUCUAGUUCUAUGGAUGAGUGCAGUCACAGACGAGUCCGUUCACCUAACAACUCUACCUGACUCCACAAAUCACACUAAACUCUCCGGACGAAGCUUGUACAUCAGUAAAAGUGGUUAUGGAGAUCAGGCUUGUGUGUGCAGCCACACUGCAUGUAGCAUCUUCAAGGAGGCCUACUUCUACCUGUACCCUUUCAAUUCCGAGUACAGCCUCUUUGCCUCUGCCAUGGCUUACAUCAUGUGGAAGAAUGUAGGCCGAGUAGCAGCUGAAAGCAGCCACCACCACCACAUCAAAUUUAGCAUCAAGGAGGUCUUUAUUGGUCCGACUUUGGGAGUCCUCCUUGUGAUCGCAGGCCUGGCAACGUUCAUCAUAUACGAGAUUGAAAUGCAAAAAAAUCAUUUUGAUGACAAGAGAGACAAAGUAUUGAUGAUGCACUUUACUAUGAAUAUAGUCAUAGUUACAAUGAUGUCUGUUUGCACCGUGGUUGGCAGUGUCAUCUUCAAGCUGGACAACAGGGAACUUGUCUCAGAAAAAAAUCCCACCCGCAACCUCGAUGUGGGGCUCCUAGUUGGAGCCUCACUGGGGCAGUUCAUCAUCAGUUACUUCUCCAUUGUAGCCAUGGUUGCAACUGGAGCCAAAGGCUAUCUGAACAUGCUCAACCUGGCCUGGGCUAUAAUGAUGGUGAUCCAGCUUGGCCUGCAAAACUUUUUCAUAAUCGAAGGUCUGCAUCGGAAGCCCUUCCAAAAGGUGGAACCAGAUGCAGUGAUUGCAAAUCCAUACGUGUUGGAGGCAAACAAAUAUGUGAACAGCCUGGAAAGAGCAGACAUGGAAAAAAAACCCAACCUUGACACAGCAGCGAAUAGUCCCAGCAGCACAGCUGAGCAGAGACACAAACUUUGGAAGCGGCGGGUUUUGAGAGAAGUGUGUAUGUUUCUGCUACUGGGCAACAUUAUUCUGUGGAUCAUGCCUGCAUUUGGAGCUCGUCCACAGUUUGACCAUGUCGCUGAAACAGAAUUCUACCAAUUCAACAUGUGGGCUGCCAUUGUGAACAUCGGGCUUCCUUUUGGCAUCUUUUAUAGAAUGCAUGCAGUUGCCAGUCUGUUUGAAGUGUUUCUGAACUCAUAACUCUGCAGCUUGCGUUGUGUGCAGGCAGCUGUUAUAACAUUACAGAAAUGUUUUGUACAGAAUGUGGUUUGUUUCGAGGAUUUAUUUCUCUAUAUAUCUCUAUAUUUUAUAGAGACAUAAAAAUUGUUUAUAUAAAUAAAAGCAUUAUAUUAAAAAGUCAUGUCACCUAAUAAUUCAGUCACCAGUUUUAUAAACUCCAUUGCUGACAAAAGAUUGUAGUCAAAAGCCCCCUCUGGUGGUGAAAUAGCGCCACUGCAGGGCUAGUUCAACCGCAAUGCUGGAGGACAUUGCGACCAACUUGUAUAGUUGAAUAUAAAG